AUGGUGCAUCUUUUUCCCUCAACUUUGAACAGUUCUAUGUCUCCUCCAUUUAUGUUAUUGUUGGUACUAAUGCUUCAGUUGGUGUGGUCAGAAGCUAUUGCUAAUGCCAAUGAUUAUGAAAUAGAAGGAAACCACACAAAGUGCCCAACAUUCAACUCCAAGAUUAUUGUGAACAUUGGAGCCGCCAUAGACUUGAGUUCAAGGGUGGGAAAGGAGCAGAAAACAGCAAUGGAAAUUGCUAUCAAAGAUAUAAAUAGCCAAAGUUGCUAUGAGCUUCUCUUAAACUUCUAUGAUAAUUCUCAAUAUCGCAACCCUUCUCGUAUACUGGCUUCUGAUCUUGCAAACAGCAAACAAGUGCAAGUUAUCAUAGGAACAAAACUUGAUGCUGCAACUUUAUUCGAGGAGAUUCAUGAAACCUCAAAGGAUGUCUCCAUCAUAUCUCUAACCUCAACAGCUAGUCUAGAAAUAACGCCAAUCCCAUUACCACAUUUCAUACAAAUGUGUAACGAUGUUACCCUUCAUCUUCACUGCAUUGCAUCCAUCGUAGAUCACUUCAAUUGGCGAAAGGUGACAGCAAUUUAUGAACACAACAAUGGUUUUGCCUCUUAUUCAGAGAUAUUGACAAGACUCUCUUAUUCUCUCCGCCUUGUUAAUGCUGAAAUUGAUCACCACGUAGCUUUUCCUUCAAUGAACUCUCUUUCAGACCCAAAAGCUAAAAUUGAACAAGAACUUACAAGGCUAAAGAACAAGAGCAAUAGGGUUUUUGUUUUUGUACAAUCUUCCUUAGAGUUUGCUACUUUACUAUUUGAAAAGGCUAAGCAAAUGGGUAUGAUGGGAAAAGGGUCAGUGUGGAUCAUAGCAGAUGAUGUAGCCACCCUUCUUGAUUCAGUGGAUUCUUAUGUCAUCUUCAACAUGCAAGGUGUUGUGGGAUGCAAAACUACCUUCAUGGAAAUGAGUCACACGUUCAAACGGUUCAAAUUCAUGUUCAGAAGAAAGUUUGGAUUGGAAUACCCUGAAGAAGAAUACCCCCAACCAAGUUUCUUUGCUCUUAGGGCUUAUGAUGCUGUUUGGACUAUUGCUCAUGCACUGAAGAAAUCACAAGGAAACUUUACUUUGGAAGAGUUAUCAAAAAAUAUUUUAAACAAUGAUCAUGAGGGUCUUAGUGGGAAGAUAAGCUUCAAAGAGAGAAAAUUAUUGGAAUCACCAACUUUUAAAAUUGUCAAUGUUGUUGGAAAAAGUUACAAAGAGUUAGCAUAUUGGUCACCGGAAUUUGGUUUCACUGAGAACCUUGUUAAGCAUACUGGUUCUGGUAGAGUGCUUUUAGGUUCUGUGAAUUGGCCUGGUGGGUUGGAAACCGUUCCAAAAGGUUGGGUUUACAAUAGUACUGAGGGAAGGCCAUUGAAAAUAGGGGUUCCAGCUAUUGAUCCAUGUCCCCAGUAUGUGAAUGUAAGCCAUGAUCAGAAACUUAAUGAAACUAAAUUCACUGGUUUCUCUAUCAAUGUCUUUGAAACAGUUGUGAAACGCCUGCCUUAUCACCUGCCUUAUGCUUUAGUGCCAUUUUAUGGCUCUUAUGAUCAAAUAGUUGAACAAGUGAACAAUAAGAACCUUGAUGCUGCUGUUGGAGAUAUACAAAUAGUUGACCAUAGAUAUGCAUUUGCGGAAUUUUCUCAGCCAUAUAUUGAUUCUGGUAUCGCCAUGGUAGUAAAAGUAAAGCCAGAUAAAUCCAAUGAAAUCUGGAUGUUCAUGGGCGCUUUCACAAAAGAAAUGUGGUUGUUAAUGGCCGUAUUGCAUUUGUUCAUAGCAUUUGUAAUCUGGUCCAUUGAAGGUGAAUUUAAUGCAGAGCUCAAGAGUUUUGGGGCCAUUCUCUGGUUUUCUGUUACGAUAUUAUUCUUCGCACACAGAGAACCUGUGAAAAGCAACUUGGCCCGAGCUGUGUUAGCACCUUGGUUAUUUGCCAUUCUCAUAGUGACUCAAACCUUUACAGCAAGCCUAUCAUCCAUGUUGACAGUGUCUCAACUUGAACCAUCUGUGCCGGAUAUACAAACACUGCUGAGAACAAAUGCUAUCAUAGGGUGCAAUAAGAACACAUUUUUGGUCCAUUACUUAGUUGAUCAACUAAAAUUCCAGGCUGAGAAUGUGAGAGUAUUUGACUCAAUCUAUGAUUUCCCCAGAGCCUUUGAGAACAAAGAAAUAGUGGCAGCUUUUACAAUUGCCCCUCAUGCUGAAGUCUUCCUUGCUACCUAUUGCAAGGGCUACAUCAAAGCAGGACCCACCUUGAAGCUUGGUGGAUUAGGUUUUGCAUUCCCAAAAGGUUCAAGUCUAGCAAUUGACAUAUCACGGGCAACCCUAAAAGCCAUAGAAAGCGGAGAAGUGCAAAAAUUAGAAGAGAAGAUGCUAUCCACCACCAAUUGUGGAACUACAAACAGCAAAAUACAAAAUGAACAACAAUUGGGUCCUCAACCUUUCUUUGGUCUAUUUGGCAUAUGCGGAUCCAUUGCUAUCUUCGCUUUGUUAGCAACAAUUAUUCGUUUUAUUGAAAGGAACGCAGAGACUUUCAUGAAUUUCAUAUCAUUGCCUCAAAGGGUAAUCAAACUCCUUCUUCAAAAGCAUCUAAACAAACUCAUAAGAAGUUCACCACCUAUCCUAGAUGCAAUUACAGCCCAUAACAAUGAGCAAGGUACAGUGAGCAAUGAGUUACCAACUGUGUUAUCUAAUUGA